UCUCAGAGAAAGACAAAGAGAGAAACUCGAGAGAAAAGCGACAGAAACACUUAAAGAAAAUGUACUCACGGACAAAUAGUGUGACCAUGACGAUCCAGAGGGAGAGAUUCGCCCACUCCAGGACGGCGAACCGCAGCACGGAGCCGGAGGUGUUCACCUUCGAGCGGAUCACUCCUCAGGCCAACGCCGUGCGCUCUUACGUGCCAAUCCGGCCCAAGAAGCGCUGCACCCGGGUUAUGUACCCAGCUAAGGUCCGCAUGCAUCUCCCUCCUCCAGAGAAGAACCAGGCCAAGCGCUGGUUGGUCAUCCUGUGCCUGGUGGUGCUGUGGCAGAUCUACACCGAGGAGCCGUGCGCAGACACGCCGCUGAGCAGCGCGCACAGCCCGGCUAUCGACUACCAGAGCUUCCCCUUCCAGUGCACGGAGGAGCAGAGGAGGAUCUCAGAGCUCAGCGAGGUCUCAGCCUCACAAACAUCCUGUGAGGGUCCAGCUUCAUCCAGCCAGCACAUCCAGAGCAGCAGCUGCCCAACGUCCGCGGAAGAGACGGAGAGCAGCCUGUCAUACGAGCAGAGCGCACCGAAGAGCUACAUGGUGGCUCUGCUGGUCUACCACAGACUGGGCAGCGACAACUGAACAGCCCAGGACUGACCGAACUGUCAACAGCCCGAGUCUGGGCUCCUGGGAUCCAAAAUGACCCGAGCAGGAGCUGAUCCGGAGGAGCGGCUCGACUUCAGAGAGUAGCCGCAGACGGAGCUCCACGCGCCGGCUUCUUCCUGCCAGCUGUCCCGCUGAGGACGCAGUCCGGAUGGGACACGAGAAAGAAAGGAAGAGAGAAAAAGAAGGACAGAACUGUGAACGCUAACAACAAACUGAAACUUGAACUCAUGAAAACUUGAACUUUUCUGUGAUUUACAGACUCAAACUGCACUAACAGGCCUGCAGGAAAACUUCAUGAUGGAAUCAUGAAAAAUGUCUGCUGCAGCCAAACAACCGACACUGACCAAGUCUGACGUUUAAAUGUCUUAUUUAGUUAUUU